GGAUAAAUCAGGGAUAUUGUUGAUUCAAUGUGUACAUUGAGCUUUGAAGUAGAGAUUGAGCCAUAAGGCAUGGUGUGGUGGUCAUUUAGGAGUACUUGUGAAGCUAGCCUGCAGUAAGAGCUUUGGUUGCUUCUUGUGAGAACUUUUCAUGGCAUGGAUUUGUCAAGAUGUAAGCUUACCACAGUGAUAAAACCACCAUAGAGCCGAGCCCAAAACCUUAAUUCUCCUAUAAAAUUCUAACAAUAUUGGAGCCAUAGACUCAAAUAGGAUUCACGAUGCCUACAUUUUUGUUGAAAUUGAAAUAUUGGGAUUAUGACCACAAUUAUCUGGAAUUCUAAUGCCUCUCAAAGCUGAUCAAUCUGCGAUGAAUUUUUUCUUGAGAAUGAGAUUUAGAAAAGUUAUUUCUGUCACUUUAUUUGUCAAGUAUAAGGCAUAUUAACUUUUCAUGAAUUCUUGGAUUUCAGAGCUUGCUUUAAUAUUUGUUGGAAGUUUGUUGGUGUGGUCCUAAGGGAGAAAAAGGUGAACUCUAGUGCUUCCAAUGGGUGAUUUUGCUCUCAAACUUGAUGUUGACAAGGUCAUUUCAUAUGGUGAUGAUCUCCUAGAAUGCCUCAAAAACAAAAGGGACCUCAAUACUUUGAAACAAUAUCUAGAUGGAGUCAACAUGCUUCAAUCAUCAUGUGAGACAGAUUUCUCUGAGAUUAAGAACUUAUUGGAAGAGUAUGAGACAAGGAUAACUGAGUGCAAGAAAAAGAUAGAUAAUGCAAAAUCUGAAGUUGUUGCUGAUGCAGAUAUUGACUCUCUUCAGAAAGAGUUGCUAGAGGAACUUAAUAAGGAGAAUAACCUUUGGGAGGAGUUUAGAAUUGUCAGUGAUGAGAUGAGUUAUCUGGAACAUCAGAGGGUUUCCAUUGAAGGACGGAAGCAAAUACUGAAGAACAUUGAGAAAGACGAAUUAAGGGCACGGAUGGAGCUUUCUAUGUAUGCUUCAGUGACAAAGAUCAUCCCAGAUCUGGCUGACCAAACGCAAAUUUCAGGCCAUAUUGUGGAUAGGGACAAAAGGAUUGUUGAGAAGUUUGAAUUUGAACCAUCGAAGGUAUCCCCCUUGGAGAUGUGCAAUGACUUUUGGAAAAUGAUUAAUCAGUAAGAGGUGAUUGACUCCAUCCUUUUAUGAUGAUAAAUGUAAUGCAGUUGUAUUUUAUAUUUGUAUAUAUUAAUCUUUUAUGUUCUGUUUCAUUACAUAACUACUCCAGAGAUAAUGUUCUUGUUUGUUUUCUUUCUUUUUUUCAAGUGAAAUGUUGUUCUUAUUUGCAUUCCUGUCUCUUAAGGAAUGCUGUUC